ACAUCCAGGUGUCCGGGGUCAUGAUGUUGACGAUUUUAACAAUGUGGGGAACGAGCCAAUGGGUCAUAGUCAGUUAGCCACGGGAAUGAGCCGACUAAUCGCCAAUUUAGGAAGGCGCACAAAUGAACCGACACUUACAUUCCUAUGUCACAAACAAUGUCAACUGCCUCUUUUGAGACUAGGAUUUGAGCGAGGAUUUCCCAUGAAUGUUGCCAGUUCGGUCUCCACAAAUAAAGAAUAUAGAGCCAUAGUGUGUAGUGCACAGCCCGCCCAUAACGGCAGAGGGGUAGAAACGCCACCAAAAACCGAGUUGGAUAACUGCGCGAGAACCCAGACGGGACGCAGAGAAAUAGAUCAAGAUGCAUAUAAGAUAGAUCGGUUAGGAAUGCCUCCAUUUGAUAUGAGAAGUCGAAGGCUGGCGUUGGCCGCCAAAGGAACG